UCCCAGGGCGUGGUCUCCACCCCUCGGUCCCUUUGACACUUCCUGAUCACGUGACAACGAACGUCAGAGAACACCCGACAAACUUCCAACCACUUCCUGGAUGCGGUGGCAAUUGCCAUGGCUGCAACUAUGAAGUUAAGUGAAAUAAAAGACCCGAGCGCUUUGUUCGAGGCGCACAGUGCAGAAGAGAUUCGGGUGUUGGAGAGGAGAGUGCGGGCGGAGAUCGAACAGAAGAAAGAGGAGCUGCGGCAGAUGGUCGGGGAGCGCUACCGGGACCUGAUCGAGGCGGCGGACACUAUCGGGGAAAUGAGGCGCAGUUCGGGCUUGGUGGUCGGGGCGGUGCGGGACAUGGAGAAAUACUGUGGGAGCCUGAAGUGUAAGCAGAGUACGGGGGCGGCAGGAACGCAGCGGGACCGGGCAGCCUCCCAGUGCCAGGAGAAAUUUUACUGCACUGCUGCCCAGAUCAAGCUCCUGCUGGAAGUUCCAGAGAAGAUUUGGAGUGCAAUGGAAGCCUCUCAGUACCUGCAUGCUACGCAGCUUUAUUUACUCUGCUGUCACCUACACUCCCUCCUGCACCUUGAUUCUUCCCCCUCCCGCUACAGCCCAGUUCUUGCUCGAUUCCCCAUACUUGUUCGGCAGGUGGCGGCUGCUGGCACCUUCCGAACUACCAUACUCCAGGAGAGCAAGUCACUUUUAAAGUGUCCAUCUGCCUCGGAUCAAGCAGUUGCUGGGGCCCUUUGUUCAAUCAUCCUUCUGGAGGGCAGCACUCCGCGGCAAGCUCUUACUGACUAUUUAUUGGCCAGGAAAGCUGGAAUCCAGCAGUUGCUAAACCAGCCUCACCAUGGUUUAGGUAUAAAGGCACAGGUGUGUUCACUGGUAGAACUUUUAGCCAACACUCUCUAUCAAGCCCACGCUCUGUUCUACACACAGUCUGAGGAGAUGAAGCCUGAUCCCUCUCUAACCUGUGGGCUCCUGUUUACUAUGCUUGAUACUGUCACCGGUCAGCAAGGAGGAGGAAAAGGCAUUAACGUUUUAAAGGAAGAAAUGAAAUCUGUCAGCUGGUUCAAGCACCUUCCACCCUCUGUUGUAAAUUUUCAGCCUGAGCGAAGAACACUUGCCCACCCUAUAAGUCAAGAAUAUCUUUGUGAAACUCUGCAGCAGUGGAUUAGCAUGUGCAAUGAAGAUAUAAAAGUUGGUAUCUCUGCUCUACUUGUAUAUGUCAAGAGCCUGAAGGGACUCGCUGGCAUCAGAGAUGCUGUGUGGGAAUUACUGACCAGCGAAUCUAUGAGCCAGAACUGGGACAAGGUGUGCCAUAGGCUAUUGGAUCGACCUUUCCGCUUCUGGGAGGAUAUUUUACAGCAGCUGUUUCUAGAAAGGCUGCAGGCACUUACUAAGGAAGGCUUUGAAUCCAUAUCCAGAAAUUUGGUGCAGUUGCUCAUGUCUUCACUGCAGGAGCUUGAAGGAAAUCCUGAAACACUCAAACAUCUUCAGCAUGAGAGUAAUAUCUGCUCCUUCCUGUGGUCUGAGGGUCCAAGCGACCUGCCACCGGAUGCAGCCUGGGUGAAUGUCGGAAGUCGUGGUUUACAAUGCCGAAGUGGUUUGUCGCUAAAAGCACAAGCAGUCACCCCUUGCAUCCAAAGCCUGUGUGCAACUCUGGAUUCCCAGCUCAAGGUGAAACUGGAGGAUCUUUGCUCUUACCUUCCUGGGGAGUCACCAGUGACAGAGAAGCACAACGAGUUUGUGACAACAGCAGCUAAGAUUUCUGCCUUUGACAGAUAUGGUGAUGCCAGCACAGUGCAGGAAAUGCUCAGUCAUCACUGCCUCUCCUGCAUGCAACAAAUCCAGGACUCUGUAAACACCACCCUUCAAUCAGUGAAGCACGAGGGUCUUGUUGACCAUGGCGUUGCUCUGUUUAGCCCUAAAUUGACUGCAGUUCUCUUCCUUGCCAGACUUUGUCAGUCACUUUGCGAACUGUGUCCUCAUUUAAAGCAGUGCAUUCUGGGCAAAUCAGUUAGCACAGAACAGAGUUUCCGUGAACCCAGGUCAACCAAAAAGACGGGAAAAGGAAAGAAGGUGGAUUCACAUGCUGUAUCCUGCAAGUGGCAGGAUUUAAAGGAUAAGCUGAAGAAACAGUCUUUAGAAGCAUACAGCAUUUGGAGCUCUUUUGUGGUUAAGCACCUAGUGACUUCAUUUACACACACCUUGCUAAUUAACACAGCUGGAUCAGCAUUGGCUACCGCUACCCACUGGGAUGAGAUAGAAAUCCAGGAGGAGACUGAGGCGGGGAGCAGUGUGACCUCAAAGAUCCGGUUGCCUGGACAGUGCUCCUGGUAUGUACAGAUGCUGCUUUUCAGCCUGUGUCAAGCAGUGAACAAUGUGGGGGGACAUGCCUUGCCAAGAGUGACUUUGCAGGAAUUACUACGACAUUGCCUGGAAGAAGUGGUUGGUGCUUAUGAAAGUCUAUGUCACAAGAGCCUAGACAAGAUGAAAUCUAAACAAGCAUCUUCCCUUACACAGGCACGGGCAUUACAGCUCCUGUUUGACUUGCGCUACAUGAACCUCAUUCUCAGCUCGCGCAGCGAGGAUUUGAAAAGCAGUAAGAGCAAGCAGGAGUCCAGAAUUCAGAAAGUGGCUGACCAGCUAGAAACCUGUAUUGACCCUUUUGACCUGGAUGUAUUUACACCGCACUUGAAUGCAAACUUGAAUCGAUAUGCACAGAGAACCUCAGUUUUGUUUGGGUUACUAACAGGAGCAGAAAACCAGUUUAUCACCAGGAGUUCCACAGUAGGCCUGCAGGAAACGCACAAUGUCCUGCCAUUAGCGUCCAGCCAGAUACGGUUUGGUCUGCUCCCGCUCAGUAUGUCGAGUUCGCGAAAAACAAAGGGUAGGGCAGAGGAAGAUGCCAAGAUUCAGGUGACUUUAUCAGAAGUCCCACCUUCAGAGGAGGAAGGUUUCAGACCAGGCUCAUUGUUCAGACAACUGGCAACUCAAGAUGAAGAAGCACCUUCCCAAUCAUUAUUCAAGCUAGGCUGGUUGUCCAGUAUGACCAAGUGAUACCUGAACUCUUAUAGACUGCAACAUAACACUACACAUACUGUGCAGCAUGAUUCUCCCUAUCAACCAUGAGAGGAGAUCCAGCUUUCCAUUCAGAAAACUGACCACUUUAAGGGGUAGUUCACAUUUAAGUUAUGCUUUACUAUAUUUUAGAAUAUCCUGUUCCUAGCAAAUUUGAUUUUUUUUUUAGAUUAUUUGCCUUUAUCUUCUACAUCCUCCCAGAUUUUAAAUAGGGGUCACUGAUUGAGCUUAAACUAUUGCUCUGUGAGCUUAAAAUUGUUACUUUUUUUUAUUCCCGUUCAAUGCACUGCUGGGCUGCUAAGGUAAACAUGGCCCUAGCAACCAGAUGCUGAGGAAAACACUAAAUAACUGAAAAACAAUCAACAAUGAAAACCUAUUGCAUUUUUCUUUGCAGAAUAUCAAUGUCUGUCAUACUAAAACUUAAUGUAAAGGUGAACAACCCUUUUAAGAUAAAAACACAACUUCCUAAUUCCUAUUCAAAAUGUGCCGCAUAACUCAGGGGCACAUUUAAGCUUGUAUUUAAUAAUAAUAAUAAUAAUGCAAGCUAAUCACUUUCCAGACUUCUGCCAAGUUAUUUAAGAUCCUGAAAUUGGAUUUAUAAUUUUACAAACAGACUGACCGGCCAUUUCAUUUUUUUUUUUUUUUAUUACAACUCAAAUAUUAGCAACGUCUAGAAUAGCUGGAGACUGCAUGGAAUGCCUGGGACCAAGCAACAGCAACUGUUUACAAAGUCAGAAAUUUGAGAUUUGUCUGUUAAUCAGCAGAAAGGAGUCGAUUCAUCAUAAUCAAAGCUAAUUAUGAUUUUUAAUAAAUGUGCCCCUGUGAUUCUUAGCCACAUACAGAAUGCACCAUAGAGAACUGGCAUCGCACAUAUUGUGCAACAUUUUUCAGCAAUUAAAAAAAAAAAAUCCAAACUUUAGCGUGCUUCUUUGUCAGAUGGGUUUUUGUUAAAGGGGUUGUAUACCUUUAAAUUAAUUUUCACAAUGAUAUAAUGAGUAAGAUAAUUUGCAGUUGGUCUUCACUUUAUUUUCACAUUUUAUAUAAUUUAGCUUUUUGUUCAGCAGCUAUCUGGUUUUUAGGAACCAGUUUAACCUAGCAACCACAGACUGGUUUGAAAAAUACAUUAAUAUGAAUAGAAGGAGGGUCUAAAUAAAAAGACAAGCAAAACAAAGUAGCAAUAAUAAAAUUGUAGUCUAUUUAUUUUAUUAUUCUGGAUUCAGAAGAAAAGGGCAAAUAAUUCAAAAUCUAUAAAUAAGACUAUAUAUAAAAUGAAGACCAACUGAAAGGUUGCUAAGAAUAGGCUAUUCUAUAAAAUCCUAAAUGUUAAACUGAAGGUUAUGAGAGAAAUGGCUGCCCUUUCUGCACCUUUUCAGUCAUGAUUCAGGCAGGGCUGGUUAAUGGACACUAAGAAAAACAAAUUGGCAUUACACACAGACAUGAAAUUGUCAACAAAUUAAAUAAUUUUAUUGUGCAUCAA